CAUCAUCAUCAACUCCAUGGCUGCUGCUCUUGCUUCUUCACUGGCCUUAUCGUCCUCCACACUCAGGGGAGGCUCCGAUCCCUUGAAACCCAAGCUCCCUAGUCUCUGCGCAAAACCCACAAACUUGGGCUUAGCUGUUUCGCGCCAAUCUCAUUCUCUUGGCCGCAAAACGCUGAGGAUCUCGGCUACUAUCUCGGUUUCAAGCCCCGAAUUACGGACCGGGCCCGCUGAGCUCGCGGCUACUAUACUUUCUCUGGUGAUAAAUUCGGAUAGAGGCGUUUUGCUGAAGAAGGAACAUCACAAGGAGGUAGCUCAAGUGGCCGAGGCGUUGAAGAGUUACUGUGUUAGUGAACCAGUGACAUGCCCUCUUAUUUUCGGAGAUUGGGAUGUGCUGUACUGUUCGGUGCCAACAUCGCCUGGAGGUGGCUAUAGGAGUGCACUGGGUCGCCUGUUUUUGAAAACAAAGGAAAUGAUUCAAGUUAUUGAAGCUCCUGACAUUGUCAAGAACCAGGUGUCCUUCUCUGUUUUUGGGUUCUUGGAUGGAGAGGUCUCUUUAACAGGAAAGUUGAAGGCUCUGGAUGGUGAAUGGGUUCAAGUCAUAUUUGAGCCACCAGAAUUGAAGGUUGGACCUUUUGACUUCCGAUAUGGCGGUGAGAGUGAGGUUAAGCUCCAGAUCACAUACAUAGAUGAGAACAUCAGGCUGGGGAAAGGUUCUAGAGGUUCACUAUUUGUUUUCAGAAGAAUGGGGUGA